UUCUGAAGAUCAAGUUAGUUGAGGUUAUAUUUGAAAUGUCAGUUGCAGUCAAAUGUUAGUUAAACAUUGAAGUAACUCAAUAUGUCUUUGUACGACGAUUUUGACAAGCAUCGAACCACAGAAAAGGUUGCUGGAUGGUCUUCCGGCAUUAAAUUAUUGCAAUCUCAGUUGCAGCUAAAAAAGGCUGCUACUACACAGCCAAAACGUGAACAAAACAGGAAAGCUUCUGCGGUAUUAGCACCAGUGAUAGACUUAAAGUCGAAAGCUAAUCGCGAUGUUGACAGAGAGGAUGACAAUACUCAUAACAAUCCAUUAUCCAGUGGCAGCGUGAGCAACAUAGGAGUAGGUGGCGAAUUUGAUUGGAAUGUAGUGAAUGAAUAUGAUCCUAUAUGGCCUAACGAAUAUGAAAAAGUUGUGAAAGAAUUACGUGACAUCAGGGAUAGGGAACAUGAUCAAGAGACAGAAAUGCGCAAACGCCGGAGAGAUAGUACUCGCUUUGAAGAUACUCAGACUGCUGGUGGAAACAGUGCAAUGAUACCUCCCGAAAGAGAUGAGGAGAGAACGCCAACUUCGAGAGCUAUGGUAGGAGGCGCUGCUAUAGCACCACCACCAUCCUUACAAGAAUCUGCAGAAUUGCCACCUCCACCACCACGACAGCCAACUAAUUUGGGCUACUCAACAUCGUCUGUAGCAGCAAAAAUAAUGGCCAAGUAUGGUUUUAAAGAGGGGCAGGGUCUUGGCAAGAAAGAACAAGGCAUGUCAGUAGCAUUGCAAGUGGAAAAAACCAGUAAACGUGGUGGUAGAAUAGUCGGCGAAAAAGAACAACUAAUGCCUCCACCACCACCUGUUACAGCUUCUCCACCACAGAUGCAAUUGCAGCUAUCAUCGCAACAGCCUCAGGAAGAACCUACCAUUACCGAGAUAAUGAAAUGUCCAAGCAAAGUUGUUCUCUUGCGCAACAUGGUUGGUCCUGGAGAGGUUGAUAACGAUCUUGAACCGGAAGUGAAAGACGAAUGUAACACUAAAUAUGGUGAUGUUGCACGUGUUAUUAUUCAUGAAGUGAUUGAAGCUUUGCCAGAGGAAGCAGUACGAAUUUUUGUUGAAUUCAAGAGAAUAGAAAGUGCUAUUAAGGCCGUAGUUGAUUUGAAUGGACGUUUCUUCGGUGGUAGAACGGUUAAAGCAGGAUUUUAUUCUAGUGAGAAACUUGAUAACUUACAAUUAAUGGAUUAA